AUGAGUGGCUUCCUUGCCUCCCUGGACCCCCGGCGGGUGCAGUGGGGGGCGGCCUGGUAUGCCAUGCACUCCAGGAUCCUGCGCACCAAACCAGUGGAGUCGAUGCUGGAGGGAACUGGGGCCACCACAACCCAUGGCACCAAGCUAGCCAAGGUGCUCACCACCAUGGACCUCAUCUCACUUGGCGUUGGCAGCUGCGUGGGCACAGGGAUGUACGUGGUGUCUGGUCUGGUGGCCAAGGAAAUGGCAGGACCUGGUGUCAUUGUGUCCUUCAUCAUUGCAGCUGUUGCGUCCAUAUUAUCAGGUGUCUGCUAUGCAGAGUUCGGAGUCCGUGUUCCCAAGACAACGGGGUCGGCCUACACCUACAGCUAUGUCACUGUCGGAGAAUUCGUGGCAUUUUUCAUUGGCUGGAACCUGAUCCUGGAGUACCUGAUUGGCACUGCAGCCGGCGCCAGUGCUCUGAGCAGCAUGUUCGACUCCUUGGCAAACCACACCAUCAGCCGCUGGAUGGUGGACACUGUGGGAACCCUCAAUGGCCUAGGGAAAGGUGAAAAAUCAUACCCUGACCUUCUGGCUCUAGUAAUUGCUGUGAUUGUCACCAUCAUUGUUGCGCUGGGGGUGAAGAAUUCCGUGGGCUUCAACAACGUCCUCAACGUGCUGAAUCUGGCAGUAUGGGCAUUCAUCAUGAUUGCAGGCCUCUUCUUCAUCAAUGGGAAAUACUGGGCUGAGGGCCAGUUUUUGCCCCACGGCUGGUCAGGGGUGCUGCAAGGAGCAGCCACGUGUUUCUACGCUUUCAUUGGCUUUGACAUCAUUGCCACCACUGGAGAGGAAGCCAAGAAUCCCAACACGUCCAUCCCUUAUGCCAUCACCGCCUCUUUGGUCAUCUGCCUGACAGCAUACGUAUCUGUGAGCAUAAUCUUAACUCUGAUGGUGCCAUUCUAUGCCAUCGACACGGAAUCCCCACUCAUGGAGAUGUUUGUGGCUCAUGGGUUCUAUGCUGCAAAAUUCGUAGUAGCCAUUGGGUCAGUUGCAGGACUGACAGUCAGUUUGCUGGGCUCUCUCUUCCCAAUGCCAAGGGUCAUUUAUGCCAUGGCUGGUGAUGGGCUCCUUUUCAGGUUCCUGGCUCAUGUGAGCACCUACACAGAGACACCAGUGGUGGCCUGCAUUGUAUCGGGGUUCCUAGCAGCUCUCCUCUCGUUAUUAGUCAGCCUGAAAGACCUAAUAGAGAUGAUGUCCAUCGGCACACUCCUUGCCUACACCUUGGUCUCUGUCUGCGUCUUGCUCCUUCGAUACCAACCAGAGAGUGACAUUGAUGGUUUUGUCAAGUUCUUGUCCCAGGAGCACACAAAGAAGAAGGAGGGCAUCCUGGCGGACUGUGAGAAGGAAGUUUGUUCUCCUGUGAGUGAAGGGGAAGAGUUUUCUGGCCCAGCCACCAACACAUGCGGGGCCAAGAACCUACCAUCCCUGGGAGACAACGAGAUGCUCAUAGGCAAGUCGGACAAGUCCACCUACAAUGUGAACCAUCCCAACUACGGCACUGUGGACAUGACCACAGGCAUCGAAGCCGAUGAAUCUGAAAACAUUUAUCUCAUCAAGUUAAAGAAGCUGAUCGGGCCCCGCUACUACACCAUGAGGAUCCGGCUGGGCCUUCCAGGCAAAAUGGACCGGCCCACAGCAGCUACAGGGCACACGGUGACCAUCUGCGUGCUCCUGCUCUUCAUCCUCAUGUUCAUCUUCUGCUCCUUCCUCAUCUUUGGUUCCGACCACAUCUCAGAGCGGAGCUGGUGGGCCAUCCUGCUGGUUGUUCUGAUGGUGCUGCUGAUCGGCGCCCUGGUGUUCGUGAUCCUGCAGCAACCAGAGAACCCCAAAAAGCUACCCUACAUGGCUCCUUGCCUCCCCUUCGUGCCUGCCUUUGCCAUGCUGGUGAACAUUUAUCUCAUGCUAAAGCUCUCCACCAUCACAUGGAUCCGGUUUGCAGUCUGGUGCUUUGUGGGUAUGCUCAUUUAUUUUGGGUAUGGCAUCUGGAACAGCACCCUGGAAAUCAGUGCUCGAGAAGAAGCCUUGCACCAAAGCACGUACCAGCGCUACGACGUGGAUGACCCUUUCUCGGUAGAGGAGGGUUUCUCCUAUGCCACCGAAGGCGAAAGCCAGGAGAACUGGGGCGGGCCCGCCGAGGACAAAGGCUUCUAUUACCAACAGAUGUCAGAUGCUAAGGCAAACACCCGGACAAGUAGCAAAGCAAAGAGCAAAAGCAAACACAAACAGAACUCAGAGGCCCUGAUUGCAAAUGAUGAGUUAGAUUACUCUCCAGAGUAGGAGUAAACAUACAAGAAACGUGUAGACACGAUGGUGAUUUCUUUUCAGUAACUUAACCUGUGGGCUAGAGGGUGAAAACAUUUUUUGGCUCUCAUUUCAAAACUCCAGCCUUCCCCCAGAGUCAGUCCCCAGUCACUGUCUCU